CUGAUACUUGAACUCUUCCGUUCCCUCCUAAACACGAACUUACAUUCAGAAGCAAAAUGGCAUUUGUUUCAACCCAGGGGCCCACCGUGGUCGACCAGACCACCUUAAUGAAAAAGUAUCUCCAGUUUGUGGCGGCUCUCACGGAUGCUAACACACCCGACGAAACGAAACUGAAGAUGAUGCAAGAAGUCAGUGAAAACUUUGAGAAUGUAACCUCAUCUCCUCAGUAUUCCACGUUCCUGGAACACAUCAUCCCUCGCUUCCUUACGUUUCUCCAGGAUGGGGAAGUCCAGUUCCUGCAGGAAAAACCCGCACAGCAACUGAGAAAAUUAGUUUUGGAAAUAAUCCAUAGAAUACCAACCAAUGAACAUUUGCGCCCACACACGAAAAAUAUCUUAUCUGUGAUGUUUAGAUUUCUAGAGACUGAAAAUGAAGAAAAUGUACUUAUUUGCUUGAGGAUCAUUAUUGAACUUCACAAACAGUUCCGGCCACCAAUCACACAAGAGAUUCAUCACUUCUUGGAUUUUGUGAAACAGAUUUACAAGGAAUUACCAAAAGUAGUGAAUCGAUACUUUGAGAAUCCUCAGGUCGUUCCUGAGAACACCAUUCCUACCCCAGAAAUGGUGGGCUUGAUCACGACGAUUGUGGUGAAAGUAAAUCCGGAGAGAGAUGACAGUGAAACCAGAUCGCACGCUGUCAUUCCUCGUGGCUCUCUAUCCUUGAAAGUGUUAGCAGAACUUCCCAUAAUUGUUGUCCUCAUGUAUCAGCUGUACAAACUGAAUAUUCACAACGUGGUAGCGGAAUUUGUGCCCUUGAUCAUGAAUACUAUAAUUAUUCAGGUGUCCAACCAAGCCAGGCAGAAUAAAAAUUACAACAAGGAAUUGUACGCUGACUUCAUUGCUGCACAGAUCAAAACGUUGUCGUUCCUGGCGUACAUUAUAAGAAUUUAUCAGGAGCUAGUGGCUAAGUAUUCUCAGCAAAUGGUGAAAGGAAUGUUGCAGCUGUUAUCCAACUGUCCAGCAGAAACGGCUCACCUGAGGAAGGAGCUGCUCAUUGCAGCCAAACAUAUUCUCACCACUGACCUGAGGAGCCAGUUUAUCCCAUGCAUGGACAAAUUGUUUGAUGAAUCCAUUCUCAUAGGCUCUGGCUACACGGCCCGUGAAACUCUCAGGCCCCUUGCGUAUAGCACCCUGGCCGAUCUGGUCCACCACGUCCGCCAGCAUUUACCCCUCAACGAUCUCUCCCUGGCCGUCCAGCUCUUUGCCAAGAAUAUCGAUGACGAAUCUUUACCCAGCAGUAUUCAGACUAUGUCGUGUAAACUUUUGCUAAACCUGGUGGAUUGUAUUCGGUCCAAGAGCGAACAGGAAAAUGGAAACGGCCGAGAUAUUCUCAUGAGAAUGUUGGAGGUUUUUGUCUUGAAAUUUCACACCAUUGCCCGUUAUCAGCUUUCCGUUAUCUUUAAAAAGUGCAAACCACAGUCAGAGCUGGGGGCAGGAGAAGCAGCUUUAUCUGGUGCACCAGCAGGGGGAAACACUCUUCCGGUCACAGUACCGUCACCUGCUCCCACCACCCCCGUAGUCCCUGCGUCAGGACCUGUCUUUGAGAAACAAGGGGAGAAGGAGAAGGAGGACAAGCAGACCUUUCAAGUCACUGAUUGUCGAAGCCUGGUGAAGACCUUAGUCUGUGGCGUCAAGACAAUUACGUGGGGCAUCACAUCUUGUAAAGCUCCUGGUGAAGCCCAGUUCAUUCCCAAUAAGCAGCUGCAGCCUAAAGAGACCCAGAUCUAUAUCAAAUUGGUGAAAUAUGCCAUGCAGGCUUUGGAUAUUUAUCAGGUCCAAAUAGCUGGAAAUGGGCAGACGUACAUUCGAGUUGCAAACUGCCAGACAGUCAGAAUGAAAGAGGAGAAAGAGGUCCUGGAGCACUUUGCUGGUGUCUUCACCAUGAUGAAUCCUUUGACGUUUAAAGAAAUCUUCCAGACGUCUGUCCCUUAUAUGGUUGAAAGAAUCUCCAAGAACUAUGCCCUUCAGAUUGUUGCAAAUUCUUUCUUGGCCAAUCCUACGACCUCAGCUUUAUUUGCCACAAUCCUGGUAGAGUAUCUGCUUGACCGUUUGCCUGAAAUGGGCUCCAACGUGGAGCUGUCCAACCUUUAUCUCAAACUCUUCAAGCUGGUCUUUGGUUCGGUUUCGCUCUUCGCUGCAGAAAACGAGCAGAUGCUAAAGCCACAUCUACACAAGAUAGUCAACAGCUCCAUGGAACUUGCGCAGACAGCUAAGGAACCCUAUAAUUAUUUCUUGCUUCUCAGAGCCCUUUUCCGAUCUAUUGGAGGAGGGAGCCACGACCUCUUGUAUCAGGAAUUUUUGCCCUUGUUACCUAACUUACUACAAGGUCUCAACAUGCUCCAGAGCGGCUUGCACAAGCAGCACAUGAAAGAUUUAUUUGUUGAGCUUUGCUUGACUGUCCCGGUUCGCCUCAGCUCCCUCCUUCCCUAUCUACCGAUGCUGAUGGAUCCUUUGGUAUCGGCUUUAAAUGGAUCCCAGACACUAGUCAGCCAGGGUCUGCGCACUCUGGAGCUGUGUGUAGAUAAUCUGCAGCCAGAUUUCCUGUACGAUCACAUUCAACCCGUCCGAGCUGAACUGAUGCAGGCUCUGUGGCGCACACUGCGCAAUCCUGCAGAGACGAUUUCUCACGUGGCUUAUCGCGUGCUGGGCAAAUUCGGUGGAAGCAACAGGAAAAUGCUGAAGGAGUCGCAGAAGUUGCACUACGUGGUGACCGAGAUUCAAGGGCCCAGUAUUACGGCAGAGUUCUCUGACUGUAAAGCAUCCAUUCAGCUCCCUAUGGAGAAGGCCAUUGAGACUGCCUUGGACUGCUUGAAGAGCGCAAACACGGAGCCCUACUAUCGGAGACAAGCUUGGGAAGUCAUCAAGUGCUUUCUGGUCGCCAUGAUGAGCCUAGAUGAUAACAAGCAUGCUUUGUAUCAGCUUCUUGCACAUCCCAACUUUACCGAGAAAUCAAUUCCCAGCGUGAUCAUUUCCCAUCGGUACAAGGCCCAGGACACGCCUGCCCGUAAAACCUUUGAGCAGGCCCUGACCGGGGCCUUCAUGUCAGCGGUGAUCAAAGACCUGCGACCCAGCGCGCUGCCUUUCGUAGCCAGCCUAAUCCGUCAUUACACCAUGGUGGCUGUAGCUCAGCAGUGUGGCCCUUUCCUGCUCCAGUGUUAUCAGGUGGGAAGCCAGCCCAGCACAGCCAUGUUUCACAGUGAAGAAAACGGAUCGAGAGGCAUGGAUCCCUUGGUGCUGAUCGAUGCCAUCGCCAUCUGCAUGGCUUACGAGGAGAAGGAGCUUUGCAAAAUAGGAGAGGUGGCCUUGGCUGUGAUCUUCGAUGUGGCCAGCAUCAUUCUGGGAUCAAAGGAACGGGCUUGCCAGCUGCCCUUGUUUUCAUACAUCGUGGAACGCCUGUGUGCGUGUUGCUACGAACAAGCCUGGUAUGCUAAGCUUGGCGGGGUGGUGUCGAUCAAGUUCCUCAUGGAACGCCUGCCUCUCAUUUGGGUCCUCCAGAACCAGCAGACGUUCCUCAAGGCAUUGCUCUUUGUCAUGAUGGACCUGACAGGAGAGGUUUCCAACGGGGCUGUUGCCAUGGCCAAGACGACUCUUGAGCAGCUGUUGAUCAGAUGCGCGACGCUGUUGAAAGAAGAGGAGAAAACGGACGACAUCCUUGCAGCCCAGGAAAAGUCGUUCCACCAUGUCACCCAUGACCUGGUGCGAGAAGUGACCUCACCAAACUCCACUGUGAGAAAGCAAGCAAUGCAUUCCUUGCAGGUGGUCGCCCAAGUCACGGGGAAGAGCGUCACUGCAAUCAUGGAGCCUCAUAAAGAGGUUCUCCAAGACAUGGUUCCUCCGAAGAAGCAUCUGCUCAGACACCAGCCUGCAAACGCCCAGAUUGGUUUGAUGGAGGGGAAUACAUUUUGCACCACCCUGCAACCUCGGCUUUUUACAAUGGACCUUAAUGUGGUGGAGCACAAAGUAUUUUAUACAGAGCUGCUGAAUUUGUGUGAGGCUGAAGACUGUGCCUUGAUGAAAUUGCCCUGUUACAAGAGUCUUCCUUCUUUGGUGCCCCUUCGAAUUGCAGCACUGAAUGCCUUGGCUGCCUGCAACUACUUGCCCCAGUCCCGAGAGAAAAUCAUCGGAGCUCUCUUCAAGGCCCUCAAUUCGACGAACAACGAGCUUCAGGAAGCCGGUGAAGCAUGCAUGCGAAAGUUUUUGGAAGGGGCAACCAUCGAAGUGGACCAGAUCCACACACACAUGAGACCGUUGCUAAUGAUGCUGGGCGACUAUCGAAGUUUGACCCUCAAUGUGGUGAACAGGCUGACCUCGGUGACGAGGCUCUUCCCCAACUCUUUUAACGAUAAAUUCUGCGAUCAGAUGAUGCAACACUUGCGUAAAUGGAUGGAAGUGGUGGUCCUUACCCAUAAAGGAGGUCAGAGGAGCGAUGGCAAUGACAGUAUUGCGGAGUGCAGGAAAUGUUCCUUGUCUCCAUUCGGUCAGUUUGAGGAAAUGAAGAUUUGCUCAGCGAUUAUAAACCUGUUUCAUCUGAUCCCGGCUGCUCCACAGACGCUUGUCAAACCCUUACUGGAAGUGGUGAUGAAAACGGAACGGGCCAUGUUGAUUGAGGCUGGGAGCCCCUUCCGAGAACCAUUAAUAAAGUUUCUGACGCGUCACCCAUCUCAGACGGUUGAGCUCUUUAUGAUGGAAGCGACCUUAAACGAUCCACAGUGGAGCAGAAUGUUCAUGAGUUUUUUAAAACACAAAGAUGCCAAGCCUUUGCGGGAUGUCCUGGCAGCGAAUCCCAACCGCUUCAUCACGUUACUCCUACCCGGCAGUACCCAGGCAGCUGUUCGGCCUGGCUCCCCCAGCACCAGCACCAUGCGCCUCGAUCUCCAGUUCCAGGCUAUUAAGAUCAUAAGUAUUAUUGUUAAGAAUGAUGAAUGCUGGCUGGCAAACCAGCAUUCCUUGGUCAGCCAACUGAGGCGAGUGUGGGUCAGCGACGCUUUCCAAGAGAGGCACCGGAAGGAGAACAUGGCGGCCACAAACUGGAAGGAACCCAAACUCUUGGCCUACUGCUUACUGAAUUAUUGCAAGAGAAAUUACAACGACAUCGAACUGCUUUUCCAGCUUCUCCGUGCCUUCACUGGCCGUUUCCUCUGCAACAUGACAUUCUUGAAAGAGUACAUGGAAGAAGACAUUCCCAAAAAUUACACCAUUGCCCAGAAGCGGGCUCUGUUCUUCCGCUUUGUCGACUUCAGCGACCUUAACUUCGGUGAUGAGCUGAAAGCUAAGGUUUUGCAGUACAUUCUGAAUCCUGCUUUCUUGUACAGCUUUGAAAAGGGGGAAGGGGAACAGCUUCUGGGGCCCCCCAACCCUGAAGGUGAUAACCCUGAAAGUAUCACCAGCGUAUUCAUAACAAAGGUUCUUGACCCAGAAAAGCAAGCCGACAUGCUGGAUUCGCUCCGGAUUUACCUCCUGCAGUUUGCCACCUUGCUGGUCGAGCACGCACCGCACCACAUUCACGACAACAACAAGAACCGGAACAGCAAACUCCGCCGCCUCAUGACCUUUGCUUGGCCCUGUUUGCUCUCCAAAGCCUGUGUCGACCCAGCCUGCAAAUACAGCGGGCACUUGCUCCUUGCGCACAUCAUCGCCAAGUUUGCCAUCCACAAGAAGAUUGUCUUACAGGUGUUUCACAGUCUCUUGAAGGCUCAUGCAAUGGAGGCUCGGAUCAUUGUAAGACAAGCCAUGGCUAUUUUGACUCCUGCAGUGCCUGCUCGAAUGGAGGAUGGCCACCAGAUGUUGACUCACUGGACAAGGAAGAUCAUAGUUGAGGAAGGCCAUACUGUCCCUCAACUGGUCCAUAUCUUGCACUUGAUAGUUCAGCACUUUAAGGUUUACUACCCGGUCCGACACCAUUUAGUGCAGCACAUGGUGAGCGCCAUGCAAAGGUUGGGCUUCACCCCCAGCGUGACCAUCGAGCAGAGGAAACUGGCAGUGGAUCUAGCAGAAGUGAUUAUCAAGUGGGAAUUGCAGCGAAUCAAGGAUCAGCAGCCGGAUUCAGAUAUGGAUCAAGGUGCCAGCGGCGAGGGUGUGAGCACUGCCUCGUCGGCGGUGAAAAGAGGGCUGUCUGUGGAUUCCGGUCAGGAAGUGAAGCGGUUCCGAACAGCAACUGGGGCAAUCAGUGGAGUGUUUGGACGCAGCCAAUCUCUUUCUGGAGCUGACGCCCUCUUUUCCAAGUCCAUUGACAAGCAACACACCGACACGGUGAUCAAUUUCCUCAUUAGAAUUGCCUGCCAGGUAAAUGACAACUCAAACACUGCCGGCUCUCCAGGAGAAAUGCUCUCUCGGCGCUGUGUUAACCUUCUGAAGACAGCUUUACGGCCAGACAUGUGGCCAAAAUCGGAGCUGAAACUGCAGUGGUUUGAUAAGCUUCUAAUGACCGUGGAACAGCCCAACCAAGCCAACUUUGCCAAUAUCUGCACCGGAUUGGAAGUUCUCAGCUUUCUGCUCACUGUGCUCCAGUCUUCCGUUAUCUUGAGUAGCUUCAAACCGCUGCAGAGAGGAAUAGCCUCUUGCAUGACGUGUGGAAACACCAAGGUUCUGCGGGCUGUCCACACACUCCUUUCUCGCUUAAUGAGCAACUUCCCUACCGAACCAAGCACUUCGAGUGUUGCAUCCAAAUAUGAGGAACUGGAGUGUCUCUACGCUGCUGUUGGGAAGGUUAUUUAUGAAGGACUUACCAACUAUGAAAAAGCUGCUAGUGCUAACCCUUCUCAGCUUUUUGGUACUUUAAUGAUUCUGAAAUCUGCAUGCAGCAAUAACCCCAGUUACAUAGACAGGCUUAUUUCAGUCUUCAUGAGAUCGCUCCAGAAGAUGGUGAGGGAGCAUUUAAACCAGCAGUCUCAAGCAGGAACAGUAGAAGCCAAUACAGCGGGCACCAGUGAGUUGGUUAUGCUGAGUUUGGACUUGGUGAAAACCCGUCUAGCUAUGAUGAGCAUGGAAAUGAGGAAGAACUUCAUUCAAGCCAUCCUGACCUCGCUCAUUGAAAAAUCAAACGAUGCCAAAAUCCUUCGUGCCGUGGUCAAAAUUGUGGAAGAGUGGGUAAAAAACAGCUCUUCCAUGGCAGCUAACCAGAUUCCAACACUCCGAGAGAAGUCCAUUUUGCUGGUAAAAAUGAUGACCUAUAUUGAAAAACGUUUUCCAGAGGACCUUGAAUUAAACGCUCAGUUCUUAGACCUUGUUAACUAUGUCUAUAGGGAUGAAAACCUUUCAGGUAGCGAACUCACCGCUAAACUUGAACCAGCCUUUCUCUCUGGCCUCCGAUGUGCCCAGCCUCUCAUUAGGGCUAAAUUUUUUGAGGUUUUUGACAACUCCAUGAAGCGCCGGGUCUACGAGCGGCUGCUGUACAUAACCUGUUCUCAAAACUGGGAAGCAAUGGGAAAUCAUUUUUGGAUCAAGCAGUGCAUCGAGCUCUUGCUGGCGGUAUGCGAAAGAAACACCACAAUUGGGACCAGCUGUCAAGGAGCCACACUUCCCUCUAUCACAAAUGUCAUUAACCUGGCUGAUAGUCACGACCGGGCGGCCUUUGCCAUGGUGACUCACGUCAAGCAAGAACCUCGCGAAAGAGAAAACAGUGAAUCAAAAGAAGAGGAUGUCGAAAUAGACAUCGAGUUGGCUCCAGGAGAUCAGACAAGCACCCCCAAAACCAAAGAGCUUUCUGAAAAGGACAUCGGUAACCAGUUGCACAUGUUAACCAACCGGCACGAUAAAUUCCUGGAUUCUCUGCGUGAAGUGAAGACCGGAGCCCUGCUAAGUGCUUUCGUACAGCUUUGUCACAUUUCCACCCCCUUGGCUGAAAAAACGUGGAUCCAGUUGUUUUCCAGAUUGUGGAAAAUCCUUUCAGACAGACAGCAGCAU